UAGCGAUACAGCAAACAGCACAUCUGGCGUGUUGGCGUGUGUGAUUUGGCGUGUUGGUGUGUGUGAUUUGGCGUGUUGGUGUGUGUGAUUUGGCGUGUUGGUGUGUGUGAGACACUCAGUGUGUUGUUGUGCUGCUGUGCCACUAAUGUCAGGUGAGAAGGAGUUCAGGAAGAAUCACUCAGAACUGAGCACACCACUCUGAACCCCGGGCCUCAGAUUAAAAGCACGCCAUGGCUGCCAGAUACCCUUGGUGGAAGACCCUGACGGUGCGGAAGAAGAGAGAUCAGGUGCUGAAGGACGCGGAGAACGCGGAGAACGUGGAGAACGCGACCGACGGCGCCAAACAGAAGGGAGACCCCCAGGAUAACCGGAAUUCCAGCCUCAUCUCCGACGAGGUGUAUGAUGACUCCCAAGAAGAGUCCGCGUUUAACGAACACACCUCCCGGCGGAACCUCCGCGUCUCGCGGUCAGGUCGCUUUAAGGAGAAACGGAGAAUUCGCGUGACUCUACCGGAAAACAAUAACUUUCACGAUACCACGGCUGCUGUGGCUAAAUGACGACAAUGACUUGUUGCGAAUGGGAUUUGGGUUUAAGCUUACAUUCGUUUACAAUGUGUCCGAACUGAACUUUUUUUUUUUGGAAUGUGAUUGUCAUGACUGCGGUUUUAAGUGCGAGCUAUGAAUAGCCGAAGCACCUGUCACUGGAUACCGCCUCUGUUACCCCCCACAUGAAGGAUUCAAAAGAAUGAAGAAGAUUUAAGAGCCAGGUCGCCUUGGUAGCCUACCGUUGUUCCUAUCAAUGUUUAUCUGCAAUGUUGUCAUAUAUGAAGGGAUAAUUAUUUAUUAUUUGAUUGUGAUAAUUAUUAUGAAGGAUAAUUUCAUUUUUGGUGUUGGAGUGUUAGGUAGCCUACUAUGACUUAUACCGUCCGCUUAUACGUGCAUAAACGUCCAUUUUGCACAAUUCUGAUUGGCUGACAGGGUGUCCCCCAUCACCUGUCCGACAGGUGUGUGCUGCUGGGGUUGGCUGGCCGCUGGAUAAGUGUAUGCUGAAAAUAGACCUCUGAAGGUCUUCCCCUACAAAAAAAGAACAACAAUGCCAGCUUUGCCCAUAUAAGGAGAUCUGGGUUACUGACUGUGCUAACUGCCUAUAUAGUUAGCUCUGGGGUAGCAGAUUAAUGUUUUGUAAUCAAAGGUCAAAGGUCGAUUACGCACCAAUGUUGAUGCAAGGCAAAGAGUGCUAUGUCAUGCACCAGCAUAUUGUAGCUCAUACUCAUUUACUGAAGUACAUUCUUGUUUAGUAAGCCACUAAAACAGAUCUGAGGCACUCAAGAUGGAUGCACAUAAAACAUAUAGGCCUACUCUCUUAUUUGGCUACUUAGGCUAUACACGUGCCUACGCGUUUCGGCCGAACUGCCCUCCAUCAGAGCACACAUUCAUGUUUAAGGAAGAUCUGAAUGCUGUUGUUGACGACAGCAUUCGUGAUGUAGCAGGAACUGUAGCUAUGCCUUAAGGAAGGAUGGUGGCGUAAUGUAAUGCCUAUGGCCAUGCACUAAUGACACACGUUAGACUCCAGAUGUUAUGCUCCAACACAUGUCAAGAAUGUGACAUGUCUGACAGCAGCAUUGUUCAAAUAUAUGGCAGUGUCUGGAAUAGACAUUUAUUAAGCUAUUAUUAUUAUUAUUGCUUUAAUGGGUCUUACUGUAUGUCCAUAGCCAGUCACAGACGUCAGUUACAGGACCGUUUCCUACACAAUAAACUUGGAUUGAGUUCCUUUGA